GUUCAAUCUUGAGGAGACAUAAUAUGAAGCAAAAGAUUGUGAUUGAAGUGCCAUUAAACUGUACCAAAUGCAAGAAGAAGGUCUUGACCGUAUGCACCACUGCAGAAGGUGUGACGGCAGUUAAGUUUAUAAGAGAUGGUAAAGAUCGAGUGGAGAUUAUAGGAGAAGGAGUUGAUGCAGCUCAAGUGACACAAGAUUUGAGGAACAAGCUUAAGUUUGCUAAACUAGUUAAUGUGUCCAAGCUUGAUUAGACUCAUCUAUGUAUGGUAGUAGUAUAAUCUCAACUUCAUUGCCAACCUUAAAUAGUGGCUUCAUUCUAUAUCUUAUAUUAUUUUGUUCAUUUAUGAUAUUUUCAUCUUCUUCUUCCAAUAAUUGAUAUAGCUGUGAGCUUAGAUUCUAAAGUGUGCAGUGUAAUAUUGUAACAACAUGAAAUGUAUAUCGUCUAAUGUUACGUACGUUCAUAUAUAU